AAUAUGAGUAACUUACUCCACAAGUCUGAAAGGAUGUUUAUACAUCCCUGACAGAUGAGGAAGGGAAUUUUUCAAUUCACUUCAUACAUUUAACAUUCUCAUGGGACUGUGGCAGACUGAGUGAGGGAUGAACCUCAGUCGAAACUUUAUCUGCAGUGAGGUAGUCCAUGUCACUCAAGGCGCAUUCCAUUGACUGAGAGGUGUUUUCACCAAGCUACAUACCCUGCAUAUUCUACCGAACACGUACUGUAGUAGACUUAAACAGGGAUCUGCUUAUGUUUGAGACAAACUGUUAUUGAAACUGGGAAAUACUCUGCUGUGCUUCAACGAAACUUCCAUACAGUUAAACAAAAUAUUAUAGGAAAACGGGGAGAAUGGAUCACGCGCAACGAAAGUCUGAUGUAUUUGCUUUACAAGAGGUGUGACACAUUGAAGUGAGUUCGACAUGGCAUGCUGGAAAUGGUGCCGUCGGACCUGGGUUUGUUGCCUGGACGAUGAAGAGAGGAGGAGCAUUGCUAUUGACAAGGAGAUUCAGAGGAUUCUCCGACAGCAGAAGAACAGAGAACGCAAAGAAAUCAAAGUCCUUUUACUCGGCACAGGGGAGAGUGGGAAAACCACCUUCAUCCGACAGAUGAGGAUCAUCCAUGGAAGUGGCUUCUCUGAGGAGGAAAGACAGGACUUCGCCAAGCUCAUCUAUCAGAACAUCUUCACGGCUGUGAAAGCUAUGACCCGGGCCAUGAUCACCCUCAGACUGCCCUAUGCCUACCCAGAGAAUGAGAUGUAUGCCAGGUGGGUGCAGGAUGUGGACACAGUGCAGGUCAUCCAGCUGGACCGUGGCUUUGUGGACGCUAUCCGCCAUCUAUGGGCCGACCCAGGCCUCCGGGUCUGCUACAGCCGCCGCAGCGAGUAUCAGUUGCUGGACUCCACAGAGUAUUACAUGACCAAUCUGGACCGCAUAUCUGCCCCAGACUACAUCCCCACUGCUCAGGACGUGCUGCGGGUACGAUUCCCCACCACUGGCAUCCAUGACUACUCCUUCACCGUAAAGACCAUCACACUCAGGAUUGUGGAUGUGGGUGGACAGAAGUCAGAGAGGAGAAAGUGGAUCCAUUGUUUUCAGGAUGUGACGUCCCUCAUUUUCCUGGCUUCCCUCAGCGAGUACGACCAGGUCCUGGAGGAGAGAGAGACUGAUCAGAAGCGUAUGAAUGAGAGCUUGGCUUUGUUCUACACCACCAUCCAUUCCCCCUGGUUCCUCAACACCUCCAUCAUCCUCUUUCUCAACAAGACAGAUAUCCUGGCUGACAAGAUCCAGGCAUCCGACCUGCAGAAGUACUUCCCAGGGUUCACAGGAAAGCGACGUGACGCUCAGGAUGCUAUGAAGUACAUCCAGAAGAUGUAUGAGCAGCAGGCUCACAGCCGGGACAAGAAGGAAGAUAGCAAGACGCUGUACCCCCACUUCACCUGCGCCACUGACACCAACAACAUCCGCAAAGUGUUCAGUGACGUCAAGGACACGGUGCUCCUCAAGUCUCUCAUGGAGUUUGGGGUGAUCUGAGGGCCUGGGGACCCGCCUACCUAUGGGGCCACACUCAACCAACACCACUCAGGGCAGAACAGGCUCUCCCUCCGUCCCUCCCUUGCUCAGUUUUCUCCUCUCUCUCAAUCUCAGCUCCAGUGGGGAUGCUCUCGGGCCAAACCUCCUUAUUGCAGGAAGGAAUCUCUACCUGGAGAGCAGAACAGAAUGGAGGGACUCCUAUGACUCCUGUAUCACUAACCUGUUUUACACACACACACACACUCUGGUUGUUAUUUUAUAAUGUUGUGUGUAAGGGCGUGGAGAUGUAGUGGCUCUACCAGUGGUUGAAACUGGACUAGAGAUGUCAUGAAGUGCUGUGUCUCCAUUAUGUGAGUGAUGACUUUAGCUGGUGGAGAUGAGAACUCUAUAUCCCUCUAUAUCCCUACCACAACCCUGUUGAUAGAAAAUGCCUCUAGAGAUCACUACAGAAUAUUCAACUCUAUCUGUGUGUCAAAUUAACACUACUGUACACAUGCGUUGUAGCCAUUACAUAACCAGUUCACACCUAUGAGAAGUAGCCACCACUGAAGGCUUGUGUCACAUUUUGUGUUUGGUUGGUCUUUUAAUUGGUUUGCUUGGUUGACACCCGUACAUGUUGUCGCUGGGUCUCAGCUGUGAGAUGUGAUGCAGGCGAGAAAUGUGGGAUUUGAGGCGUUUACUACAGCUGUGAUCGAUAAGGUGUCAGAAAUCACUUGAUGUCAUAACGGGUUCCCCUGAUACAGUGUGUUAUGGAAUGCAAUGCUGUACUGUACACUGUUAGGAUUCUUGGUUUGGUUUUUGGUGGAUACUUUUGUUUAGUCUCUUCCCCUAAUGUGCCUGCCUUACGACCAGUCACUACCUGCUAUACAUUGAGUUCAUAUGGGAACAACAACGCCGGUGAAUGUAUACAUUAACCAACAAAUGAGAGUGCUUAAGAGCAGCAGCCAAGUACAGGGUUAUUACUAGCUGGCAGGCAUGCUGAUGUUAAAGCUGAAAUGUAAUAAAAUAUCUCAUUAAAUUCCUAGGACCCUGUUAGGACUGCUAUUAGGUGGCUCAGAGAGGCCAGUUAAAAGGAACGCCUGGCAUUGCGGGUGGUUCAAGUCUUGCCACUGUCUGAUAGCUCUAAAAAUCAACAUGCAGUUAUGAUGUGAAUGGUUGUAGGCUUUAGGCUACGGUAGGGCUUUGAUUUGAGCAGUGGAGUUUUUUGUGCUUCGCUGCAGAGUGGCAUGAAAGGUUACACAGCAAACAAGGAUUUAAUCAGUGUGUCAAGACUAUAAACAACAACUCAUUAUUCAUAGUUGGCUUGCCCUUUUACUCUGGUCCCCUAUCAAUAUUUAUGUUCAGUCAAUAUUUAGUUUAGCAGGCUCAGGCUGUGCUCAACUUGUUUCAUGUUCAGUAGCAUUUUAUAUUGGAUUCUAUAUUGGUGUAAUUUAAGCGAUAUGGCCUCUAUAAAUAUGAGUGAGUGGAGCAGGAUGGAGUCUGUCAGAUAAUACAGGCGAUGAUAUUUUGACCUGUGUGCGUCACUAAAGCAGAUGAUGAGUGUGUCAGUGGAAAAGGACUUCAAAGUCAGAUUAAAACCUCUUCCAUUAAAUUGAAGUCAGUAAUAACAAAUUGCAGGCAUGGAUCAUACAAUAUGCAUCGAAUUUAUUCAGGUUUGAGAAGAUUGCUUUGCUGCAGUGUGAAGAAUGUGUUGUUGUUUUUUACUCAAAAACCUUUUUGGUAAAGGACUUGGGUCUGAAUGUGCAACUAAAUGUAUAGCUAUAUUUCCUUGUAGAACUGAACAUAGGCUCUGAUGAAUUAUUAAUUGUAUUCAGCUUAUUUUGUUAUAUUAGACCACCUCAUUAACAGCUAGUGUGACAGGAGGUGAUGCACUGUAUAUAUUACAGACUAACAUUGGGAGAACUCUUAUUUGGUGCAAAUAUUUUGUAUAGAUUUGAGAAGAAUUUGGGGAAAUAUUUUCUAAUUAAAGUUGUGUUUUGAAAAAGA